UAUCUUACCUUCCUAGUUGAGAAAAGAGCUAGAAGUUGAUGUAAGACGGGAUACAACACAACACACACACGACCACCAGAUAACACCGAUAUUGACUCUACUCUAGUCUUUACCUCGGUUCAUCAUCCAACAUAUCAACAUCCAACUCAUCACCUUUCCUUCUGGCUCCUUCAUUUUCUUCGAUCACCCUCUCGACGUUCAACCCAACUCCAUCCAGCUUGAACCUAUCAACCCCUACCCCAACAAAAACCAAAACCAAUAUACCAAAAUGUCCACCACCCACUACUCCCCCACCCUCACCAACGCCUGGCGUUCCCCCCGCCUCAUCUACCGCGCCAUCGAAGACAACCCCGUCGACCGGCACACCCUCUGGACCUUCUUCGACAACGACCCCACCUCCAUCGCCAUGGCCUCCCUCCGGCCUCUCAACCCACAACCCCUCGCCUAUGUCCAGCGUCUCUACGAACACGCCCACACGCUCCACAUCCGCGUCUUCAUCUGCCUGCCGCCCUCCGACUCCGACAUUGCCCAGUGGGAAUCCCUCAUCCAAGAAAAGGCCGAAAAAUUGGGGUUGACGGCAACCUUGGAUGUAGAGAAACUAAAGACGGAAUUCCCGCGCCCCGGGCCGACGCCGAUUGGGGUGGUGACGCUCAUGCCGCCUAUGGGUACCGAGGAACUACAUCAUCGGAAUGCCAUGAUUGGCGUGGGGAUCGGGGCGGAGUGGAGGGGUAAAGGGUAUGGAGGGGAGGCGGUGGAUUGGGUUUUGGAUUAUGGGUUUGGGAGGUUGGGGUUGCAUCGGAUUUGGUUGGCGGCGUUUGAGUAUAAUGAGAGGGCGUGUAGGCUGUAUAGGAACUUGGGGUUCGUGGAGGAGGGGAGGGAGAGGGAGGCGGUGUUGUAUGAGAGGAAGUGGUGGGAUAUGCUGAGGUUUAGCAUGUUGGAGGGGGAGUGGGAGGCUUUGCGGGCUCGGCAGAAGGAGGCGAAGGGGGAGAAAGAGGGGGAUGGCGAGAUGGAGGAGUGAUGCGUAAUAGAGAGAUGAAG